AUGUCUUUAAAAACCGACAAUGACAUUCACAGUUUGGCUGGAGGCUUGUAUCAGCAGCAGUCAUGCCUUGAACCGCCAAAUGGACACAGUAGCCUGGAGCUGGUACGUUCACCGUUUGCUGGAGCUCGAUUCAUAUUCUCUCUCAUUUGCGACUUUCAGGUUGAAUGCAAUCUUGAAGAGGAGCACAUUGAGGCAUUAGACCUUACAGUGCAAAAGGUGUGCCAGAAAGAAGAAUCAGCCACACCAUGCUUCAUAACACCAGCAGGAAAUUUGCCAUGCCUAUCGCACCGUGCUGCAGGACCAGACUCUAGGGUUUGCUUUUUUGGGGGAUUCGACACAGUUUCCUUAACACCCGGUGCAGUGAGAGAUCUCUGUGGCGUUUCAGACAAUGUUUUCUCGCUCCUGUUAAGUCUCCUGCCUCACACGAGAGAUAAGGGUACUGAUGUCAGCCUUCCGAACAAACUUUUAAUAUUUCUAUUCAAAAUGAAGCACGGAGUGCCUUUUAGUGCAAUUGCAGUAAUUUUUGGCAUUCAUGAAACAACAGCAGCACGAACGUUUCAUGCAGUUCUGGGCACGCUUGCGGGUGCUACAAGAAAGUGGAUAUAUAAGCCACAUAUGCAAGUGAUACGGGAUACACGUCCAGAGUGUUUUAAGGUCAACUAUCCUGACUGCACACUCAUUGUCGAUUGCACUGAAGUGCGCACAGAAACACCAUCAGAGGUGAGGCAACAACAUGUCCUCUACUCCACGUACAAAAGUGGCUUUACAUUGAAAUUUUUAGUUGCGAUUGCCCCCUCUGGCCUCAUUGUAUUCAAGUCCAAAUCCUAUGGUGGGCGUUGCUCAGACACACAAAUCGUGCUGGAAUCAGGAUUCCUUGAAAUAAUUGGUCAGCAUGAUGUUAUUCUUGCUGAUAAGGGUUUUCCUGGAAUACUAGCAGGUGUAGCAGGUAAAAGUGCCGUACUGAUUAUGCCACCAUUCUCAACUGGCAACCAGCCUUUCUCACCUGCAGAACUGCAAGAAACAUACAAUGUUGCUCAAGUGCGCGUGCAUGUAGAGAGAGUGAUACAGCGCAUAAAAACUCAUGGAAUUUUGGAGCACCGUAUUCCUGUCAGUUUGAUUCCUGCCAUGAGUGAAAUUUUUCAUAUGUGCUGCAUUUUGGCAAAUCUGCAAAGUCCAAUAAUUCAAAGCAACACAAAGUAAGGUGCUUUAUUUUCACUGUGAUACACAAGCACAGAGUAUCAAACAUAUUUUUGGCAUAAGCACUGCUACCACCUUUUACAAAAUUGUACUAUUUAAAGGCCAACUUCCCCACAGAGAUUUUGAA